GGUGUAGUGGCGUUAGUCUGUAUUACAAGUGGAUCUUUCUCCCUGUGUGAAACAGCAUUUUGGUGACCAGAGCGUUUGUCUUCAUAUUGUAAAUCAGCCUUGGUGGCAAAGAUGGAUAUGCCGAAAAGAAUUAAUUUAGAGCUACGGAAUAGAACGCCUUCAGAUGUGAAAGAACUCGUGCUUGACAACUGUCGCUCGAAUGAAGGCAAAAUUGAGGGCCUGUCAGAUGAGUUUGAAGAAUUGGAAUUUCUUAGCACAAUCAACGUAGGCUUAUUGUCCGUCGCGAACCUACCAAAGUUAAACAAGCUAAAGAAGCUCGAGCUAAGCGAUAACAGAAUCUCAGGCGGACUAGAAGUUUUGGCAGAAAAAUGUCCGAACCUCACACAUCUCAACCUCAGCGGCAACAAAAUCAAAGAUCUCAGCACAAUAGAACCUCUGAAAAAAUUGGAUAACCUGAGAAGUCUAGACCUUUUCAAUUGUGAGGUGACAAACCUCAACGAUUACAGAGAAAACGUCUUCAAGUUUCUCCCGCAACUGACGUACCUAGAUGGAUACGAUCGUGAAGAUAAGGAGGCACCGGACUCGGACACUGAAGCGUACGCGGAGGGUGUAGAUGACGACGAUGAUGAGGAAGACGAAGUAGAGGAAGAGGGGUUUAGUAAUAUCUCCCUAGACAGCAACAUCAAGGAGCACGUGGUUGCUAUGUCUUCCAGCAACAUCCUGUGUCCCGUUAUGAUGGAGAUGGGGGGGG